UGUGGCGGGACGGGUCUUUUUUGGAGAGGAAAUCUUUGGAUAUGUGAUAGAUUUUUUGUUCAUUUAUUAUAUUGUGUUUCUUGGUUAAUUUGUAAGAUAGAGUGGUUGAAGAUGACUUUGUCUCAUUCUGAAGCAGGUGACAAUGAACGCGCCAAAAAUCAAACAGUUUCGAAACGCCAUCUUGACAACACCACAGCAGCGCCAUCUAUCGAGGACGAUCGCCAAACAAAAGACGAUCAACAGCGAGUUAUUCCAGCAGCAGAUUCCGCGGAAGAAAGGCGGUCUCUAGAACUUCCUUUAUUUUCAUCUGACGCGGAAUGUCGGGAGGGCGUGAUUGCACUUACGUCUUCAGGAGAGGAAAAGGGCGAUGGGAAAUUACCUUCUUCGUGCAAUAGUCAUGAAUCUUUAGUUGUUCCUCCUUCAGGCAAAGAUAAAGGAUACGCUUGGGUGGUGGUUUCGGCGGUGUUCCUAGUCAACCUGCUCGUUGCAGGAUACGUUAAGAGCUUCGGUAUUUUGUACAUCCUUAUCCUGGAGUCCUUCCCCGGCGCUUCCGGUGCUGCAGCAGGAUGGAUACUGGGACUUCUCGUAGGAUGCCGGGGCUUGCUAGCCGCGGUGAUGGGAGCUUUCACAGUGAUGGUAGGUCCUCGUGCGUGUGUCAUCAUAGGCUCCCUGACCGUGACAGCUGGUCUGCUGGCUGCUGUUCCCGCUGUUUCCAUCGUGCAUAUUGCCUUUACUCUGGGAGCGCUUGUAGGCGUGGGGCUGUGCAUGAGCGAGACCCCGGGUUUCUUGGCGGUCACGGAUUACUUCCAAGACAAGCGGGCUUUGGCCAAUGGCUUCCGUGCCGCUGGGAAUCCCCUCGGUGGCGUCCUCUUUUCCCCUCUCGUCGUGGCGCUGCACCAGUAUUUUGGCCUCCAAGGCGCUCUCAUCCUCAUGGCCGGCAUCAUGCUCCACAUGGCCAUCCUCGGCGCGCUCAUGAGGCCCUUCCAGAUCCACCAGAAUCUCGUCCAAGCUGAGUUCUGGAAGGAUCAAGCUCGCCAAAAUACGCCUGGCUUGAGGGUCUCGUCCUCUCAGCAGAUCAAACCCUCGGACCAGAAGAGGAAGAAGAAGAAGCCACUGAACUUCCGCAUGCUGAAGAACCCCUCGUACUUGAUCUACCUCUUGAUGGUCAUGUGCGUCAACAUCGCCAUGCCCAACGCCCUCCUGUACACGCCUACUUAUGGGAAAUCAAUAGGACUAAGUGCCUAUGAGAAUUCGGUGAUCGCCUCGUACACUUCGGCCUGCGAUUUCGUCAUGAGGUUGCUGUGCGGAUGGACGUCGAGCCUGAAACUGUACGAAGCCCACCAUGGUCUCAUCGCCGGGCUUUUAGUCGGAGGAAUCGGAUGCCUGCUGACGCCUCUCUGCAACAACAUGUGGCAACUCCUGGGGGCUGCCACGUCGUUGUCCUUCUGCAUGGCCUUCUUCUGGACGCUCAUCAACACCCUCCUCGCUGACGAGUUCGGGGGCGACGCCAUGGCCAGCACGUGGGGCUUCUUCAGGAUGACGCAGGGGAUCUGUAGCUUCUUGUAUCCUUCGCUUAUAGGUCUGGUACUCGACGCAACGGGAGGUCUGACCAUCCCCUACCUCAUGAUGGGUUCGGCGCUGGUUCUCGGGGCAGGUGUCUUUAGCCUCCGCCCUCUCAUCGCCAGAAUCUCCGGUCCGAAGAAGGAACUGAACCCCCAGAGCUCUUCUUCGCUGAGAGGAGAACCAGCGGCUUAAGAUGUGGGAAGGAGGAAGGAGAAGGAUUCUGGGAGGAGGGAGAGGUCUUAGAGGUUCUCAUCCAGAGGCGUUUCCGAGGUUUAAGGUGUGGUUUAGAAGGGUUUAAGAGGUGAUGGAGAAGGAAGAGGGGGAGGAAGGGGAAGGAGGAAUACAGAUGGUUCUAGGAGGGGGGAGAAUCCUUAGACCUUUUCAUCAAGAGACGACUCUAAGGUUUAAGGAGUGAUGGAUGAGAAAGUAGGAAUGGCAGAGGAAGAAGGAAUUCGUCUGGCUCUGAGGAGGACGAGAGCCAUCGGAGAUCAAAAGGAUAUUCCAAGGCUUAGAACGUGCUGGAGAAAGCGAUGUGACAGGGAAAUAGAGCUCAAAAUCGUCCCGUUCUAAGAAAGUCAACAGCCUCCAGAUUUAUACUUCGUUGAGAGAUGGGUAUAAAAGAUAGGAAGGAAAAAAAGGUAUACGUGUUCGAUACACACACACACAUACACACACAAAAACACACGCACA